CGAGGACGUGCGUUCUAUGCUUAUAAAUGACAAGGUGACAACCUGCAAGUACACUCAUUGACUGCAGCUGCAAACUCCUGCCUCUCGUCUUUGGGUCUGUUUGUACUGUAUUUAUAGACAUCCACCAUGUACGCCUGUGCUAAGUUUGUCUCUUCACCUGCUGUGCUGCGCAGUGGGUCCAGAGUGCUGGCCCGGCCAGUUUCUGUUUCCAUCUUCAACAGACCCGAGACCAGGACCGAACAGCAGGCCCUCUUGCCAGUGGCUGACUCCUCCAUGCUGAGCGUGGCCCGCAGCUUCCAGACCAGCGCCGUGUCCCGAGACAUUGACACCGCCGCCAAGUUCAUCGGAGCCGGGGCCGCCACCGUGGGAGUCGCCGGAUCAGGAGCCGGAAUCGGAACAGUGUUCGGCAGCCUCAUCAUCGGCUAUGCCAGGAACCCAUCUCUGAAACAGCAGCUUUUCUCCUAUGCUAUCCUGGGCUUUGCUCUGUCUGAGGCUAUGGGGCUCUUCUGUCUCAUGGUGGCAUUCCUCAUUCUGUUCGCCAUGUAAUAAAGCACUUAUUCUUCUACAGCUUCCACCUCCUUUUCUUUCUUUUUUUUUUUCGUCCCUCUUGUCCCCCUGUCCCUGUCAACCACCUCUGGGAUCGGAACUCUAUUUUGACGAGCAGCUGUCAGUUGACAUCAAUGUUUUGGCAACGCCAUUCCAUCACACCUACAACUACGAUAAUCCUGUCUUUUUAUGUUCCUUUUUUUCCAAAAGAGAAGUUUUAUGUAAGAUCUCAACUCUGGUUUGGACAGUGUCUGAAUAAAUGAUUGGGAUAAA